UCAUCUUAAUUCAUCGUCGUGAUUCGCCGCGCGCCACCGGAAAUGUGCAAUCCGAGCACCCCCGUGCCCGUGACGGAGAAACCUGCGCAACCGCCGCCGGCCCAUCUCUUCAUGGACCUCCUCUUAUCCCUCCCCGCCCCAAAACAAGAGUCACCUGGGCCCAGCGAGGCCACCACCUCCGACUUCGCCGCGGAGGCCAAGUCCCUGUUCGCGCUCGCCCUCCCCAUCGCCCUCACGGCGCUCAUCCUCUACUCCCGCUCCAUCCUGUCCAUGCUCUUCCUCGGCCGCCUCGGCGACACCGAGCUCGCCGCCGGGUCGCUCGCCAUCGCCUUCGCCAACAUCACGGGCUACUCGGUGCUCUCCGGCCUCGCCCUCGGCAUGGAGCCGCUCUGCUCCCAGGCCUUCGGGGCCCGCCGCCCGAAGCUGCUCGCCGUCACCCUCCACCGCUCCGUCGUCUUCCUCCUCGCCUGCUCCCUCCCCAUCUCCCUCCUCUGGCUCAACAUGCAGAGGGUCCUCCUCUACUUGCGUCAGGAUCCCAACAUCACCCGCAUUGCCCACACCUAUCUCCUCUUCUCUCUCCCCGACCUCCUCACCAAUUCCUUCCUUCACCCAAUCCGCAUUUACCUCCGCGCUCAGGGCAUCACCCACCCCCUCACGUUCGCUUCCCUCCUCGGCACGAUCUUUCACGUCCCCGUCAACCUCCUCCUCGUCCGCAGCCUCCGCCUAGGAGUCGCCGGAGUCGCCGCCGGGUCGGCCGCCUCGAACGCACUCGCCCUCAUCGCGCUCGUGGUUUACGUGUGGGCGGCGCGGCUGCACGAGCCAACGUGGAGGACCCCUGGCUGGGACUGCUUUGCCGGGUGGCGGCCACUGCUCCGGCUGGCCGCGCCGAGCUGCGUCUCAGUCUGCCUGGAAUGGUGGUGGUACGAGAUCAUGAUCGUGCUGUGCGGGCUGCUGGCGGACCCGAAGUCGGCCGUAGCCGCGAUGGGGAUCCUGAUCCAGACCACCUCGCUGCUCUACGUAUUCCCGUCAUCGCUCAGUUUUGCCGUGUCGACCCGUGUUGGCAAUGGGCUCGGCGCGGGCCGGGCGAGCGGGGCGUCGCUCUCCGCCGCGGUGGCCGGGGCGCUCGCGGCAGGGAUGGGCGUGUGCGCGGCGGCGUUCUCGUGGGCCAUGCGGGACACUUGGGGACGCAUGUUCACGCAGGACGAGGCGAUCCUGCGGCUGGUGUCGGCCGCGCUGCCGAUCCUCGGGCUGUGCGAGCUCGGGAACUGCCCGCAGACGGUGGGUUGCGGCGUGCUGCGAGGGAGCGCGCGGCCCGCCACAGCCGCGAACGUCAACCUUGGCGCCUUCUACCUGGUGGGGAUGCCGGUGGCCGUGGGGCUCGGGUUCGGGCUCGGAAUCGGGUUCUGCGGGCUCUGGGUGGGGCUCCUCUCGGCCCAGGUUUGCUGCGCGGGGCUUAUGUUGUAUGUGGUGGGGACCACUGACUGGGAUUUCCAGGCUAACCGGGCCCAGAUGUUGACGUGUAACGGGUGUGGGGAAGCAGGGCUCGGCCGCAGUCUCGACAACGAACCCGACGAAAAGCAGCCGUUGAUUUGCGUCGUGGUGACUCCGUCGUGAUGAUCACCGUUGGAUGAAGAAAGUUAGUAACUUCUUUUUCCUUUCUUUGUUUAAUGUAGCUUUUCUUCUUUUGUAUUUUCUUUUGUCUACAUUUUAGAACAUCCUUAUUUUUGGUGAGGUAUUGAAAUUGUUUCUUCUUCUUGGGAUUAAAGAGGAGAGGUGGGUAAUCUAAGAGCAGAAAAUUUUUGGUU